AUGUUUCCAAAAUACACAAAGCAUGAUGAUAUAACUCAAACACUUUCUCUUAGAAUCACUAAGUUUAUGGAUCCGAACCACAUUCUUGCAAUAUAUGACGAGCCAAAUACAUCAUCAUCAGCUUUGAUGAUCACAGUUAAACUUUUUUCUCAAAAAACUCUCCUUGCACAAAGUUCUCAAGGUGUUAUUAAGAUUCCUAACGAAACUUCAAACCUUGCCGAUUUCACUUUUCCCCUCAGCAUUCAAGACUUACCUCCUGAUGCUUAUUUCAACGUAUAUAUAUGAGCAACUUCUAGGAAGCAGACAAAUAUUCCUGCCGCAAGCACAUCAUUUUCUUUAUUUACAGAAUCAUCUGAAAAAGCUAGCAAUCUUUCUGCGAACUCUUUGCUUCGGCAAGGGUUAUAUAAGCUUUUUCUAUGGCCUGAAGUUAAUGCAGACUUAAAAAAUACUCCAGGGAUAAUAGAAAAUUAUGCCCCACUCCAAGAAAUCACAAGACUUAGUAACAACAUCGAAAAAUUCGAACAAGGCGAAAUAGAGAAAACUCCAUGGCUUGAUACUUGGUCAAUCAAAACAAUGGAAUCUCAAAUAUCUGAUUUAUGCACUGAGCAUAAUUUAUGUCUCAUUGAAGUCGAGCUUCCACGAUUUAAAAACGCUGUUAUAUAUAAAGAAAACGAAUAUGACCUUGACAAUGAGCUGCUACUACCUCCAGAACAGGAAAAAAGGCUUUGGAUUGUGCCAGAUUUUGAAGUUUUAUUUGAAAGGAUCAACCCAGUCGCCGAACAGUAUUCAAGACUCAGCAGAGAAAAUAUUAUGGACCAUAAAGAUUUAGUCCCAACAGAAGAAAUCAAAGAAACCCUCAAUGAAAUUAUAAAUCAGCCUGACCAUAAACCUUUAGAGCCAGAACAAAGGGAUUUAAUAUGGGUUUAUAGGUAUUUCCUCGUACAAGACAAACAUUCUUUAACCAAAUUUUUGCAUGCUGUCUGCUGGGACAAAGAAAAAGAAGAAAAAAACGCUUUAGAGCUUAUGAAAAUUUGGGCGCCAAUUGAUAAAGAAGAUGCCUUGCAUUUAUUGUCUUACAUUUUCUCAUGUAAUCCUCAUUAUUCCACUAUAAUUUCCAAAGGUAUAGAAGAGGUCAGAAGAUAUGCUGUCGAACGUUUGGACUGUUGCAGCAACCAAGAACUUUCUGACAUCUUAUUACAGCUUGUCCAAGCCUUAAGAUAUGAAUCAAACGUCGAAUCUCCUUUACAAGAAUUUCUAGAGCGGCGUGCCAUGAACUGCAAAGAAAUCGCAAUUUUUUAUUAUUGGUAUUUACAAGUAGAAAAACAAGGGCCACCUGGAAAACUGACUGACUGGUAUAAAGAAACUUGUGAGAAAUUCGAAAAUACUUUAAAUAUGAAAGCCAGAGACAUAAUGGACUGCAUUGAUUUACAAUGCAUGCUUAAAGGGAAACUUGCACAUUAUUCUAUAUCAAUAAAGAAAAAUAAAGGUGAUACCUCUACUUUUGAAAAGAAAAAAGCCAAGCUGAGGGCUAUGAUAGAAGACGACCUAGAAAUGCAAGUUUUUCCUACCCCCGUGCCUCAUUAUCUUGACCCAAAUAUUCUGCUCACAGGAGUUUUGCCUGAAUCUUGUAAGAUUUUCUUCAGUAAGCAGCUGCCUAUAAAAUUAGAUUUCACAUGUACGGAACAAGACAUAAAGGUGUCAGUGAUGUAUAAAAAUGGAGACGAUUUAAGGCAGGAUCAGCUUGUAAUUCAGAUUAUUAGACUUAUGGACAGGCUGCUUAAAAACGUGAAUUUAGAUAUGUGUUUAAAGCCUUAUAACGUGAUUGCUACAAGUGCGAGUGAUGGGUUCGUAGAAUUUGUGAGAAAUGCCAGCACAAUUCAUGAGAGGAUUCAGAAAAAACAGCUAAUAAGUGCGUAUUUAGAAGAAAAUAAGACUAACAACCCAGAUAUUUUUGACACUUUUAUUAAAAGCUGUGCAGGCUACUGUGUUAUUACAUAUUUGCUAGGAAUAGGGGAUAGGCAUCUAGAAAAUCUUAUGAUUGACAUUCAAGGCCACUUAUUUCACAUUGAUUUUGGGUUCAUUCUAGGUAAAGAUCCUAAGCCAAUGCCACCUCCAAUGAAAUUAUGCAAAGAAAUGGUGGAAGCAAUGGGAGGAGAAAAAGGUGAAGGCUACGAAAAGUUCAAGGUAAAGUGUGUAGAAGUAUUUUUGCAGCUGAGAAGGCAUUGUAAAUUAAUUGUGAACCUCUUCUACUUGAUGAUUCAUUCAGGGCUUUCAGGAAUGGCUGGAGAUCCUAUCAAAAUUAUCGAUAAACUGUACGAAAGGUUCAAAAUUGGUCUAAGUGAUGAAAAAGCUGAGCGAUAUUUCUUAGACUUGAUCACAGAAAGUGUAAAUGCUAUUAUGCCGCAAAUAAUGGAAAAAAUUCAUGUUUGGGCUGUUUAUUGGAAGAAAAUGUAA